CGCAGUUUGAGGAAAUAGGUCACACAGACCUUGUUCCCCUCUGAUCACUGCGCUCGAUAAACACAAAACCGCUUAGUGUUGACAUUUAGAGUUAGGAUGUUUUAAAAACUAUACUUAUGAAGAUUUAUGAGAUGUAUUUUGUUCACAUCUCAUAAAUGUGUGAUGCAUCCUACUGUAAUAACUGUAAACUGUCUCUCGGCAAGCAAUAACGCCGCACUGUGACCUCUGUGUCAAACUUGUCCCUGUGUCCAUGGAAACAGGCUCUUCUUGGAAAUACGAACAUCAUUGAACUCGACAAUACCUCAGAGAGACGCAAUGAUAGUGUUCGACUGUGUUGCGUGUAAUGCACAAGUAGAACAUACGCAAGAAAGGCCGUCGUUUGUAUCCCUCGCACACAGCCGAUGCUGUUGUGACCCGGCGAAGCUGUAAAAUCCAGAUUAAAGACGUUUUCCCCUAUCAUGGGCCCUGGCUGUUCGGAAGAACAAGCAUGACUUCUCAAAGGCUGACAAUUCAAUUGGCUUUGUUUACCUCAUCACUCAUGUGCAUUGUUUUCGCACAUGAACAUAUACAUGUACGAGUGAAACGAAAGUCUGGAGACCGCCCCUUGUCAGGUCAAUGCCUCUCCUUCAACAGAGGUGGAAGUAGUCGAGUUCAUUACUACGCUUGUUGCAACAACAUCAACGACACCGACUCCUCCUGCGAUGGACGAACAUACCAUCGAGCAUCAAGUGCGAGCUACUGCAACUCCGGAGGUACAGACAACGGACACGGGGUGAUUGUGUCGUCAUUUGCCUGUGGUGGGUGUACGGGGCAGGGUAAUGUGGCGAACACAUGCAAACCUAGCAAAUGGUUGGACAUUCCUGGAACAUGCUUUCUGUUUACUUCCUGUUUCGAAAAACACUGUAAGAGGCUCUACAGUCUCCAGAGCAGCGGUUUAAAUUUGCAAGUUGUAGACCCAUCGAGUUCUUCCAUGCCUGAGUCCUGUUACAAUGGAGUAUGCGAUGAUGGGGAAACCACUGACAACUGCCCUGCCGACUGUUGUUUCAAACUAAACCCAUCUCAGUGCACAUGGGUUAAAAAUGACAAGUGCAUUCCGAAGUUUUGUGACACUCCCUCAUGCUCAGCUAAUGGUGGAGUAGGGGUCUUCUCGACCGGAAGCACCUACAUUAUUGGUAUCUUUGUUCUUGGGCUGGCGAUAAUGUGCCUAUAUUUAGGCAGCAACAAAAUUACGUAUUUUUGCUUCAGAUGUUUGUCUAUUUGUAAGAAACUUUCUUAUCACGGUGUUACAAAUGCAUGUAGAGAACCACCCCCUUAUGUGUAAGAGCUGGAGCAAUUUAGGACGCAACAAAUUGGGCAUUUGUUCUUUGAAUUCUGGACUAUUCUCAAGAAAACAUUUGGUGUUUAAGUUGGUUGGUUUGUUGUUUAACGCCGCACUCAGCAAUAUUCCAGCUAUACGACGCGGUCGAGUGUGGACCACACAAUCCAGUGAUUGACAUCCUGCGCAUCGAUCGACGCAAUUGGGAUCGAUGACAUGUAUUAACCAAGUCAGUGAGCCUGACCACCCGAUCCCGUUAGUCGCCAUAGGUGGGGAUUUCAACGCCCGGACAGGGCCACUGUCUGAUCAUAUUGGAUCCGUGAAGAUCCGUGGUAGAAUAGGUCUUCAGCAACAAACGUUUGCCGUAACAGGCGACUAAAGGGAUCGGGUGGUCAGGCUCGCUGACUUAGUUGGUGCUUGUCAUCGAUCCCAAUUGCGU